AUGGAGGGAACAAUCGCUUCCGGAGCUUCGCACUUCGGGGUCAGGAGAACAGGCAACCUUCGCCGAUCUUGCGAGGCCUGUAGGAGCUCCAAGGUCCGCUGUAUCCCUGAUAUGGACGACGCCAACGUGCCCCAAUCAUGUAAAAGAUGUAGCAUCAAUGGGACGGCAUGCAUGUUCGAGCAAGCCAUUGCUCGGCCCCGACGGGCUAGGCCAAAACCGAGAUCGAGAGCAAGAGCAGUCGAAGAGAAGCUUGAAGGGCUAGUGACCCUCAUAUCGUCGAUGUCUGAAAAGACAGAAUUAAAUAAAGAGCUCAAAAACUCAACCAACCUGAGUUCAGGUAGUGCUGUCAAAGAAAAUUCGGAGCUAGACUUUGCGACAGACUUGGUCAAUGUUCACCCAGACGUGAUUUCCAUGGGUUUCCUCGAUGCUGAUGAAGCGAAUCAACUGCUAGCAGACUUCUUUGUCGCAUCGGCGGAAUUUCCGCUCAUAGUGCUUCCUUUUCAUGCUGAUCUAGAAUGUAUGCGAUGGGAGCGACCCUGUCUCCUCCUUGCAAUCCUCACUGCAUGUGCUCGAGAUCAUCUGCAGACACAGCUAGAGAUAGAAUUUAGGAAAAUGCUAGCUGACAGAGUGAUUCUUAACGCUGAGAAGAAUAUGGAUUUAUUGCAAGGAUUACUAGUAUUUCUCACCUGGAACCACCAUUACUUCCAUCCUGCUAGAGAACAAAUUUACCAGUUAUCUCAAAUGGCGGUUACAAUGGCAGUAGAGCUUAGGCUUGGCCCUCCAGACGAGUUUCUCAGAGACAUUCUGCUACAACAUCGAGAGACAUUUGAUUUGUCGACUGGUAACGAGAAUUAUUAUUCAGUUAUAGAGAGUAUGCGUACAUUUGUCGCUUGUUACUACAUUUCUUCUUGCAUCGCGCUGGCAAUGAGAAAGCCAACACAUCUCAAGUACAGUAGCAAUAUCGCAGAAUGCUGUAGGCUGUUGACGUGCAUUUCACAAGCUGCAUUGGAUAAACUGCUCCCAUGCUUUGUGAAAUUGCAGAAGCUGGCCGAAGAAAUUGACCAACUAUUUCAAUACAGCAAUGAGGAGCCAAUGCAAAAUUUUGAUUACAUCCAAAUUAACGCUACGAUAACAAAUUUCAGAGGGAAGAUUGAUCAACUAGUACAGCAGUUUCCGCCGGAGGCAAAGACAAACAGCUUGAUUCAAAGGAAAUGUCUCUACCUGCAAGUGUAUAUACAAGAGAUUGGUCUUCAUGCUCCUAUGAAGCACCGAGAUCUCCACGACCAAGGCAACUGCGCUUGUUGCAAUUGGUGCUCAUCACUACAGCGGUUCAAUAUAGUACUCUCAUGCGUGCAAACAGCGCAGAGUUAUAUCAAAGAAUACGUGCUUUUACCUCGACAAACACUUCAACACACUAUUCUGUUCCAGGAAUCAGAGCUUUUAUAUUCCAUUCUCGUACUGGCCGCCGGCACACUUGGAGGCAUUGCUGUGGGAGAACCGGGCCAACUGCGCGACUGCGCAGACAUUUCUACUUAUCUUACGCCUCUCAAAGACAAAAUGCAGACCAUGGUAUCAAAAACAGAGGAUGGGAAAGACAGACGCGACUAUUUCUGGAAAAUGAUGCAGUUUUUCAAGCAUUGUUUGAACUGGACAACAAGAAACACCGGCAGUGAGAGUCAUACGACAGGUAACUGCCUGUGUAGCAGGGAUAAUGACAUGUCCUUUACGACGAUCCUAAAAAAUGUUCCUGAGGAAGAAGUAGUACAAGAUGAGGCAUUCAAUUUUCUAGACAUGAGCUGGAUUAUAGAUACUUCACAGUUAUAG